UGGUAACUACGUUAUGAUAUACCGUACAGUAGCUGCCAUUUCGUUCGAUUAUGUUUUCAAAAGAUAUCGAUUGGUUUGUAUUGUGACAUUUUACACCGAGUAAUAUAAAACAUUUCUUUAGUGGCCAUAAAAUGGAAGUUUUAAAAUCCACAUUCAUGUAAAACGAUUCGGAUUAAGAACGUUUCAGACCAUAUAAGUGUUCAAACGAGAAAAUAUUAAUACAUAAUAUAGAUUCAACGGAGAAUAAAAGUGUGUGACAACCCAUUGAGCGCCAUGCCAACUACGGUGGGACUUCAGCGCGCGGUGUCGUCGGCCAGCCCCAUGGCGAGCCCCGGUCGCCUGCCGAACCUUCCGGUGAUCGAGCACCCCAUGUCCCGCCUGGGGGACCGCAAUGACUUGGCGGUGCGGGGGUCCUCUACGUACGGACGGGAGCGGGGCACUCCGAGUCCCCUUCAGCGAAGUCAGACCGACGUGGGCUACAAGGCCUCCAAAAUUGAUGUGAACAACCUCAGAAAAAGUACACCAGAAAGGAUUUUAAAUUGGCCACCAGCCCAGCCUACAUAUCGAACCAACUCAUCCAUAGAGUACCUGAAAGGUCCCGGCAAACCUCACGUCAAGAGCAAGGAGUACAACUACCAGCCGCGGAACACACAGGAGUUGAUUGAUCUAAUAAGAGAAAAAUUCGGAACAGGCUAUUAUGGGAUACGGCACCUGUUCAAAUCCAAUGACCCAGCAGGGAAAGGCUCGGUGUCAAGAGAGGCGCUCCAGCGUAUUUUGUACACGCUGUGCGGCUACAUCACACCGGACCAGUACACGAAACUACUCAGAACAAUGCAUUUAGAAGGAAAGACACCGAUUCACUUUGACACAUUUGUCCAAUACUUCAAAGACACAGAGGACAAAAAGAACUGGGUGAGCGCCUUGCAGGCGUCUGGCAUGCACCCGGGCGAGCCGAGCUACCCCGAGGGCUACCUGAGGCGGGGCGACAUGCGCAUACACGACCCCUACACCUCCAUGCCCUUCUCGGACGCCAUCUUUAAGGAAAAGUGCAAGUCCAAGAACUUUGACGCAAGGCGCGUGUUCCCGCCUGCCGUGUUCGAGGUGAAUGGUCUGAUUCUGCCGCCCCAGUUGCGAGAGGCGUACGCAACUCUGGGCAUCUACAUGAGCGACGAGGACUUCAACAAACUCUGGCAGAGGUAUGAUAAGGAGGGGACGGGUGCUAUCCACAGGGAUGACUUCUUCCGCGUGUGCGGCCUUGACCCCCAGGGUCUUCCCCGCCAGGCGGCGCCCUACACGCCCCGGGGAGCGGCCUACCCGAUGUCCCGACAACGGCCUCACUCUGAGAUAGGUCACACAAACGGCACAGACAAUACGACCAACGAACUGAAGAAGAUCCUGAAAAACGACGCUGAGAACCUCGGCAAUAUUACAAACAGGGAAGCUAAACCGAUCGAGAUACCAACAGCACCGGAGGAGUCGCCAAAAGAUGAGCCUGACGCUAAGGAGAAGAAAGUCGAAACAGCCAGGAAGAUUGAGAUCAAGAGAAACAACAAACCGGCUCCUAAACUAGACAGCAUCGUAGAUUCACUUCAUUUUAAGUUUGAGGAGACUUACCAGGCUAUGCUGACCGCCUUCCAGCUAUUCGACUUCCUCAACGAUAGCUUCAUCUCCAAGAUCGACUUCCGGCGCGUCCUGAUGGAGUUCGGCUUUAACAUUGCACCCGCUGAACUCGAUCACUUUUUGAAAAGGAACGGAAUGCGGGCUAUCAAGGGACAGAUCAACUAUCGAGACUUUCUGAACAAGUUCCAGAGCAAGUCGCUUCAAAGUCUGACAGCGAGAACAGCCGCAGACCAAGCACAUCCAUUUAACACGGACGGGUCGGCAGUACCGGAUACCAUGACGGCAGAGCAUCUAGAAGCCCGACUCAUCGACACGUUUCAUGCAGAUUUCAUCAAACUGCUCACCCACUUCAGACAAUGUGACAAAUACAACCUGCACGUGAUUACCGCGCACGAGUUCCGGUCCGGUAUCGAGAAGCGGCUAGGAUACUCGAUGACGGAGAGCCAGUGGGAGGCGCUCAAACAGGAAGUAGGUGAAGACAAGGAUGGCCUCAUACAGUACACCAGGUUCCUCGAGCUCUUCGACAUCACACCCGGCUCCUGGAAUGUGCGCCAAGAAGGCGGGAUCACCGUGACCCAGGUGGGCGCGGCCGACAUGCCCCCGCCGCCUCAGGUGGAGCGCCUCCAGGAGAGAGCUAAGACGGAAAUGGUACCGCCGCCUGCACAUGCACCGGCGGACAGGGGUCAGUCGCAAAUCCGAUCCAUUGACGAGACGAAUCGACGAUUGGUUAAACAGAUCAAAGUACGACUGGACGAGCUGUUCAGGAUACGUUUUCACACGUUCGACAAGCAUUUCAAGGCGAUGGACAGGAAGAUGACAGGUCGCAUGAGCAAGUGGCAGUUCGGCGCUCUCCUCAAAAUGUGCGGUCUGUCCCUGCACCCCCAGGAGCUGGACCGUGUCUGGGCCACCCUGAACGUCUCCACAGACGGCAUGUACAGCUACAGUACGCUCAUACAGCACUUCGUCAACUAUAAGGUCCCGCAUGAAGAGAAGGAAAACAUCAUCUACGAGGACACGACAGAGUUGGUGGAGACGGCCAGACGCAUUCAGCGGGAGCGCCGCGAGGAGCAGAUGAAGCGUGACCAUCUGGCCCGAACGCUGGCCCGCGAGAAAAACGUCGGCUGGGUACCAGAACUACCGGGGCAAAAGCCGGAAAACAGCCCUCCCGUGAAUACAGCCUCGACUGCGAUUUCACGUGCAUCGUCCGUACCUAGCGUGCCCGCGUCACGUGCGUCGUUUGCAAGCGUGCAGAGUGUUCGGACUAAGUCACUUCUAGUCAAGAUACGCACUGACGUGAUCAACAACUGGGACGGAUUGAAGUCUGUGUUCAAGUACAUCGACAGAAACGGCACCUCGUUCAUCCCAAUCAACGAAAUGAAAGAAAUCAUGACCAGCAUGCAGUUCCCCAUGGACGAAGAAGAGAAGGCGGAGCUCUGUAAACGCUUUGAUACAGAAAGAAACGGGCGGUUCAACUACAUGCGCUUUAUGAAGUGCUACGCUCAGCGGACCUCGAGCAAGCACCAGCCACCUGGCUACACCAAGUUCUCCCACCAGCUCCAGGCACAGAUGGAAAUUAGAGGGCGACUUAAACGACCGACCGUUCAAGAAUGUAUUGAGCUCAUUUGUGAGAAGCUCUUCAAGGAACAUCGGACGCUGCGACGAGCCUUCAGCAAACUGGACCGGGGUCACAAGGGUUACCUCACCGUUCACGACUUCCGGCUCGCCUUGAAGCAGUGUGAAAUCACGUUCAGCAACGAGGACUUCUACCACGUCCUCACGGAGUUCGAUCAAAACAUGGACGGGAAAAUAUCCUACGAUAUUUUCCUGAAAACGUUGCUUGCAGUGUAAACAUCGCUGACAACACUCACCUGAAGCUGGUUUUAUUACAGUGCUUUUAGUAUAUUUUAAUGAGUAUUUGAGUGACAUUAAAUUACUUUUUUAGACGUAGAUCUAAUACCAGGUACACGUGCGUGCUGUAAAUGAAAGAAUUGAAAUUUUCGUAGGUGAAUUAUAGUAAAUGUGUGGCACUGUUAAAUAUGCCAAACCUGUUGCGGUUCCUUUAUAUUCAUUACUUCAUCGGAAAAUUUCCAUAUUUUUUUAGUAAUAAAAUGUUUAGCUUAAAUUUGACAAUCAAUUCAUAUUAUUCAUUUAAUGUUGUAUCAUGUUGAUUAUUUUUUAUACUGGUUUCAAAUAAAAUACGCAAUUUAUGUGCAGGAAUUCAAAGUUUGCAUUUAAAUAUUUAUGUUGCAUUUAACAUGUGUGUUUUACACGAGACAUUAUGAUUAGUGCAGUUCCAUGUGAAGCUUAUGUGUAUAUGUUUGUGUAUCGUAUAACCUUAUGUAAAAAAUAUGUAUGUUUAGAAAAUGGUAAUUAUCGAACUGGAUUUGUGGUGUUACAGUAAAUGUAUAAAUAUUGGAAGAAUAUGUUAUAUUUAAGAACGUUUUUUAUGUGAUCAAGUUAUUUAUUUAUUACUCAGUUCUGUUAAUAUUACGUUGUUAAUAGUUGAUUGUACAUAGCUUCAAUUGAUUCCUUUAACACAGAUUAUGUAUACCUAUGUGCCGACCUUCAGGCUGUGUUAUCUGUAUGUUUUUAAUUAUUUCAUCUUCUGUAUGUAAUAAAAGUAUCGCGUCCUCUGUA